UCAAGGUAUUCCUGUAUGGCGGUCUCUGUUGGCUACUGUCCAAAACGUAAGAUGCUUGAUGCUGAUUCUUUGUUUGAGAGGCUGCUCCGUGAGGCUGCCAAUUUAGUCCCAAAGAUGAGUACUCCAAAACUAACUUACGCUCUAAAGGUGACGUCCUCACUUCAACAAAAAAUAACAGAUACAGUUGCAUCAAGGCUACCACAAGAAAAGUCCACGGAACAGCCUGGAGAUUCCAAUCGACAACAGAUUCAUUUGGAUUCGAUGUUAUCUCAAGGAGGAUUUCAGGAAGCCACACUUAUUACCUCUGACUCUGACCAGAUUCGUCGUGCUGCUCUAAAUCAAUUGGAUGGGAAUUAUGGAGGAUUCACUAUUUUUCCUCAACUUAAUCAUAUAGCGAAUAAUGCCAAGGAUGUAAAUGACAGUGCGACACCAUCUGAAAUAUCAUCUAUUACUUACCCAGCCGGUACUUUAUUUUCACCUAUGAAUACAAUGACCGCUGUAAUGUCAACUGGAACUGGAAUGGGUGGCUGUAGUGCGUUAUUGGUUCCUCUUGUAGCUGGUAGUCAUGGGACAACUUUAUUACCAUCUAAUAUGACUCCUGUUUCAUCUCAUCUCUCUGUUGUUGCUGAUCAUUCUGUUUUGAUGAAUACAAAUACUACACCUUUAACAAGCAGUUCAAUUAACUUUGUCCCUUCCAGUGGUUCUAAUUCCGUCACAAACUCUACCAUAGUUCAUAACACUCCCGGUUCAAAAUCAAAUAUCAAAAUUCCAACAUCCAAUUCCGAAUUGAAUGGGCGAUUAAGGAAUUCUAAAGAUUCAGUUGAAAUGAAACCAGAACCACUUGAUUGUUUUGGACGAGUUACCACAGGUGCAGCAGAAGAUCUUUUAACUUCUGGAUCUCAAAAUGAAAUAAAUGCUGUAGGUUUUCCGCAAUUAACUUCAAUUGCACCUUUCGCAAUACCUUCCACUUCCAUGGCAAUGAGUACUUCAGUGUCUACUUCACCAGUUCAAGUUACACGAGUUAGUGGAGGAAUCAUAACAUCUAAUUCAACUGAUGGUAACAAUCCAGUACCUACUGAAACUAUUAUAAGUUCAAAUUCUAAGGCAUCUACGGGUUCUGGACCCUAUCGUUGUCGGGAGUGUGAUAAAGAAUUUCGAAUAUUACGUUAUUUAGAGAAGCAUAGACGUAUUCAUACGGGCGAAAAACCGUAUCAGUGUUGCUACUGUGGUCGUCAAUUCAACGACUGGCCAAAUAUGAAUAGGCAUAAACGGAUUCACACGGGGGAAAGGCCUUACCGAUGCACGGUAUGCACCAAGACGUUUUCACAACCAGCUGUUUACAAUGAACAUGUGAAGCGACAUACUGGUGAACGUCCUUAUAUUUGUACAGUUUGCGCCAAAGGAUUCCCUCGGGCAGCUCGUCUGGCCGUUCAUAUGCGCGUUCAUACAGGUGAACGUCCUUAUCCAUGUACGUCUUGUGAUAGGAGAUUUAGUCAACCACAUCAUCUUGCUGCCCACCUUCGUGUUCAUAGUGGUGAUCGGCCAUACUCUUGUCCAAAAUGUGAUGUCAGUUUUGCAUGUAUUUCGAAUCUGAGACGCCAUCGGAAGCAAGUUCAUCCAACGAGUCCUGUUCCAAAUGAUAAUGCAGACGGCAGUGAUGUAAAGAGUGGAAAUGAAGAGAAAAAGCCAUCACUCCAAAUUAUUACGUCUACUGUUUCAGAUAAUAAUAAUAAUAAUAACUCUUCUUCCGUUAUGACUAUGGAAACACCAUCCUAUAUCGCUUCGUCAUCGAAUUUAACUUCUGAUGCUCCUGUUGCGAUCGCUGCCGCAAUGUCAGGGACUGUGUUAACAGCAACUGGUGCUCUAGUUCCUGCUAAUUUCUUGCCUGCAUCGUCAGUACCUGGACUAAUUCUUACAUCAGGUGCUCCUGGUGCUUUAAUAGCUGCGCCAGCUCAUUUAACUGAACCACAUUCUCAUCUUCAUCCUACCAUUAUUGCACAUAAUUCGGGUGAGGGAAAUACAUCUCUAUUAACAACAUCUAUUUCUGGUGGUCUCUGUUCCGUUACUCAACCUUCGGCAUCUCUUGCAAAUUCAUCAACUGCCUUAAGUGUUCAAUCAGAAGCACUUUUAAAAGCUAGUUCUUCUCCUACAAUGUCUUUUAUGUUUCCAACUGUCCUCACUUCAACUCCUCAUCAUGGUGAUGCACUCAGACAAACUUCAGUUGCUUUUCUUACACCAACAGGUGAAUUAGAUCGAUCAUGUACUGCUACUUUAGCUACUGCUGGACCUGAUGGUGGAUUUAUAUUGAAUUCUGUUGGUGGAGAUACUGUCUAUUUAGAACCGUUGGAUCCUCGACUCACUCUAGAACCCGGGCAACAGUUUACUCUAACUUCUAUUCCCACUUCUCAUCCACAGGGAACAAUUAUUAAUCCACAUCACUCAGCUGCACAUUUAGUGGGUCAUCAGGUUCAUUUACAGUCGGGACAGGCAACACAUAUUGCUUUUGCAACUAAUAUACCAACUCAUGGCCAUCAGGCUUCACAACUGUUAACUUCUGGUUCAACUAUAUUUCCCAAUACAGCACCCAAUCAGGCAGCAAUUCACGGUGGUCAUUCUUCUGCAACAGUUAUUUUUCCUCCUCCUGUUUCUGUCCCUCACUCCAGUUUAUCUAGUCAACAACAAUCGGUACUUCAAUCGUCUACGGAGGUUACAGCUCCUUCUCAGUUGUUACAUUAUCAUAGGCCAAUUAACACUACAGGUGUUUUACCAGGUCGUCCUUCAUCUACACCUACUCAACAGCAAACAGCAAUGCUUGUACCUAUAGUACAUACACCACCGGUUAAUGUAACAUCCAGUCUACCAAACUCAACAUCUAAUACAAAUGAGUCAGUUAACUCAACUCCUCUAACAACAACAUGGCCUGUUAGUGGUACGUUUUUAACAUUCGCUUCCUCACAUCUCUGUCCUGUUGCUUCGUCCACUGUUAUGGAAGAUCAUACAGAUUCAUGUGCUCUUACCAAUUCUCGUCCUUCUUCUGUUCUGUCAAACUCCUCUUCUCUGGGUGCUAUCACUGCUGUCUCAGUACCAGAAACAAGUUUAUAGUUGUUAUUUUUUUGUUUCUCAUUCCGUUUAAUGACAUUAUUUACGUGUUCUUAAUCCAGUUCUUUGUGUUAUGUAUGUUUAUUCACAUUAAAAUUAAUUGUGUUAUCCGACUUUAAUACUUUUAUACCAUUCUUAUUAAGUAAAUAACAGCAGUAGAGGUACUUUCUAUUGAACAGCAUGUCUACUGGUGACGUCCCUUCUUGUACUUACUACCAUUUAUUAUUUCAUACUCGUCUUUUUUUUCAACGAUAACUUGAUAUUUGAUUUCGGUAUUUUCAUCAUCAUGGUAUGUGUGAGUGUACAAAUUAGUUUUGUUACGUCGUGUAUGUGUGUGUUCAAUGUUUAGUCAUUGUUAUUUGCUUUUAUAUUUUCCUAAUUAGCUAGUCUGAUGUAAUAUCAAAUUCUUCUUCUUACUAUAUCUAUUUGAAUAAAAGAGCAAACAUUUUAUAGUUACUAGCUGUGUUGACUUUAUUUUACACCUUCUACUUUGUUGUCAUGACCUUUUUUUUUCGUAAAUAGGAAACAAAACAAAACUCAAUGAAACAUUUACUAAUGUGACCGUCAAAUUCAUCUUUAUUACACCAACACUACAUGCGUUCUUAUCACUCAAUGUUUAUUAUUGUCGUUCUGAUUAGUAUGAUUUUAAUUACUAAUUGUUUCUUUUCUGGUUGUUGUUGUUGAUGAUGAUGAUGGUGUGUGCGUAUAUGCUCACAUAAGCGUUUCUCUGUUUACAUGUUUAUGUAUACAUCAUAUAAACUAAAUUCAACCUUGAUGAAUGUAGAUAAAAGGAAACAUUUUGCUUUUUCCCCCUACAUUAUUUCAUCGUUAAUCCAUAUUGUGUAUUGUAUAAAAAUAAACUAAUAUACUUUUUUUUUCUCAUUUUAUUUCAUUAAUUUAAAAGAAAAUUUCGUUUGUUUGUUUGUUUUUUUUCUUUAUUUUUCAUGUGUUUAUUUUGGUUUGGUUUGGUUUAGUUUUUCUUUCACAAUUUUCUUAUUUCGCCGUACAAUUGACAUUUCAAUAAGUGUUAUUUUCUUUUCCCAUUUCUUUCUUUUCUACAUUUCUUUUACACUUUAUCACUUUUUUUUCUCUCUCGCUUUCUCUCUCUAUAUCGAAUAACUUUUGUAAUCUGCACUAACCAUAAAUAUAUACAAAUUUGCACAUACAUGUGUGUACACACAGUGGCUUUGUUGUUAUACGCUCUGAACACACAUGUUUAUGUACAGAUUGGUUUUUUUCUCUCUGGUUUUGUUAAUUUAUUUUUCAUUUAAAUAAUUUAAUUCAUUCUAUUAAUAUGAAGAAAUACAACUUUGACCUCUGCUCCUAAAAUAUUAUUAUUACUGAUAUUAUAAUUAUUAUCAUAACAUUACUAUUAUCAUCAUCAUCAUCAUUGUUAGUAACAACCAACUCGACCAUCUUCAUUGAGUACAUUUAUACAAUAACAGUAAUAAUGAUAACAACAUUAAUCUAAACAAAUGAAGAAUCUAACGAAUGUUAUUUUAUAUAUCUUUUUUUUUCUAGUGUUGAUAUAUGUCUGUCCUUUGAGUGUAUAUGUGUAGGUUUACCUACCUACUAAUACUACCAGUAAUUACUCUGUGUAUUAAUUAAUUAAUUAUUUGUAUUUAAUUUCCUUAAUAUAUCGUAAUGAGAAAUGUGAAUUAUGUUGAAACAUAUAAUGAUGUUCCGUGUACUGACAAUCAUCAUGACUUGAAAUCAAAGUAAAAGUAGUAUUUAAAAAAACCUACUUUAGCUGAUCUAGUGCAAUACAUGUCCAAGGUUAUAGUCAACUGUCAUCUGAAUUGAUAAUUUCAAAUAGUGUUCGUCAUGGUUGUCAGCCUUCUCUAGUUUUAUUUAACUUUUUCAUGGACAUGCUUUUAAAUAUAACACUCACCGUUUG